UUCAAGAUGGCGGAUUAAGCAUUUGUUUGUUAUUUCGAAUUGUGAUUCUUUACUUUCGACGAUCUUGCUUCUCGAGCAGUUUUGUAAUUGAACAGUUGCGAUGUAUCCAAGAGUGAAAAGAUCAAUUUCUGAGAGUGGAAAUCCUUCGGCGAAAAGAACGUUUCGUUCCUUUUCGUUUUCCGAUGCAGCUGGCAAUGGAACUCAGCGUGAAACUAACGGGAAUUCUAAACAACUACACGGCCACCACACGGCUCAAAACCCAGCGCGAAAACAGAGUUUUAACCUGCCGAUUUACACAGGGCGUAAUGUAAUUAUUUCCGAAGUACGGAGCAGAGAAAACGUGAUAAUUAUUGGGGAAACUGGCAGUGGAAAGACAACACAAAUUCCACAAUAUCUCCAUGAGGCACGCUUGACAAAGCUCGGAGCUGUCGCAUGCACACAACCAAGACGCGUGGCAGCGAUAAGCAUUGCACAGAGAGUUGCUAAGGAGAUGCACGUGCAACUGGGGGAAGAAGUUGGGUAUACUGUGCGAUUCGAAGACGUUACCUCGGCGAAAACAUGCGUGAAAUACAUGACCGAUGGAAUGUUGCUGAGAGAAGCCAUAGGCGACCCCAUACUUCACAGAUACUCUGUUGUUAUUUUAGACGAAGCUCAUGAGCGAACUGUACACACCGACGUCCUUUUUGGUGUUGUGAAAGCAGCUCAAGAGAUGCGUAAAGAAAAACAUCAGAAACCGCUCAAAAUUGUUGUUAUGUCUGCCACUCUAGAGGCAGAACAUUUUUCACGGUAUUUCAACAGUGCGAAGGUGUUGUACAUUGAAGGACGUCAGCAUCCAGUUCAAAUUAUGUAUGCAGUGGAGCAGCAAAAAGACUAUGUGCAUGCAGCACUUGUUUCAGUAAUGCAACUGCACCAAGAAAUGCCACUGGGUGGAGACAUUCUGGUGUUUUUGACUGGUCAAGAUGAAAUCGAAUCUUUAGCCAAACUUGUGACAGAUUGUGCACAGCACUGUGAAGCAGGAUGCCCUGAGGUCCUAGUUUGUCCAAUGUUUGCUGCUCUUCCUUCCCAGCAUCAAAUGAAAGUGUUUAUUUCAGCUCCUAUAGGCAAAAGGAAAGUUAUUCUAGCAACAAAUAUUGCAGAAACAUCAAUUACCAUUCCAGGGGUCAAAUAUGUGGUAGAUACAGGCUUUGUUAAAGGAAAAGCUUUUCAUCCCAAGACUGGCCUUGACAUACUGCAGGUUCAACCGGUCUCAAAGGCACAGGCACGCCAACGGACUGGUCGGGCAGGACGAGAAACCAGUGGAGUCUGUUACAGACUUUAUACAGAGGAACAGUUUGAUGAGCUGAAGGAGAUGACAAUGCCAGAAAUCCAACGGUGUAACUUGGCAAGUGUUGUCUUGCAGCUUAUGGCCCUGGGUAUAUUGGAUGUUCUCCAUUUUGACUUUCUUGACUCUCCUUCACAAGAUGCAAUAGAAAAUGCAUUGGAACAGUUAGUGGUGUUAGGAGCAGUAAGGAAAGGGAACAGUGGCUUUGAGCUAAUGCCUCUUGGUCGUAAAAUGGCUAAUUUUCCAUUGGAGCCCAGACUGGCCAAAGUGAUUCUGUCAUCACAUGAAUUAAAUUGCAGUGAGGAGAUAAUCACCAUUGUAGCUUUGCUGUCUGUGGACUCCCUUACUUACACCCCACAAAGCAAACGGGACCAUGCCUUAGCAGUACGCAAGAAGUUCCUUUCAUCAGAAGGUGACCAAAUGACUCUUCUGAAUAUUUACAGAGCUUACAAAGCCGUCAGUGGCCACAAAGAGUGGUGUCAUGAACACUUCAUCAACUCCCAAACUGUUAAACGUGUCAUGGACAUAAGAAAACAACUGCGAGAGAUUUGCAUAAGACUGGACAUUCCUUUGAUAUCUUGCGGCAAGGACACUGUGAACAUUCGGCACUGUCUUGCCAAAGGACUCUUCAUGAAUGCUGCAGAGCUGCAGCUUGAUGGGACAUAUCUGACUGUGACUCACAGGCAACCUGUUACCAUUCAUCCUACCUCAUCACUGUUUGGUUCUAAGCCACAGUAUGUUGUUUACAAUGAACUUAUACACACCACAAAGUGUUACAUGCGUGAUGUAUGCGUGGUAGAUCCGUCUUGGCUUCAAGAAGCUGCACCAAAUUAUUUUAAAGAGCACAGACUUCAUUCACAGCCAACAUCAGUUCGUUCAUAAUUCAUUUUUCCUUGAAAGAACUAUACAUGCAGUCUGAAAUUAGAAGAUUUUUCCCAUCAUUGUAACAUGUGCCACUGAAUAAGGGAGAGCAUGGAAUAAAACCCAAAGUGAAUUAACUCUGGAACUCCCACAAGUGACCAAUUUCUCCCCACAAUUUCUCUACAGUGUCAAGCAAAAAUGUGAUCAGUGUAGAGAAAAAUAUUAAUCAGGGGAUCCAAUACCAAAUUCUCUGAACUAACAUGAAAGGAACAUUAUGGCAUAAAGCAAGGAGAAUCACUUAUGAGAUCUUGGGAGUGAAAGGGUUAAGUUACAAACUUCUCCUGGUCGUGUGCAAAGUAAUGAAAGGCAAUCUGAAAGGAGAUUUCAGCAGUCUAUCAAGUGUCACUGAAGGCUUUUUGCCAUGCAACCUCUCAAAGUAAAUAAUACUGCCACAAAAGCACUACCUCCAGUCAAAAGAGUACAGAAUUUAUUGAUGCAAUUAAUAAUAAUAAUAUUUGGAUUGACUGGAAUGGUUGUAAAUAAUUACAUUUAAUGUAUCUCUCAGUUAGUGUGUGUGUGUGUGUGGUCAAUUUAGCAGGCUGUUUUUCGCCUUAAAGUUUGUUUGAAUUGAAAUCUUCCCCCAGAGAUAAAAUAAAUAUCUUGCUAACCUUGUUUCAUUUUCGUGGUCAGUAAUGAGUUGCUGAACCAAAGUUUUUUUUUUCCUU